UUGAUAUUGUAUAUGUAUAUUUCUUCUUUGCUAUAACCCUGAAACAGAAAAUUCUGGAAUAUUCGAGAAAUUGGUCACUUUCACGGCCUCUUGCGUCCUGUUGACAAGUGAUCUCAGUACGUUAGUCCGGACAGCAUCCGUUGCAUCCCGAUACGUAUAAAACUUUGUGAUAUUGUGUAAAACUUACAAAAUUAAUCCGAAGUCAACAAUGGCAACAAAAGCCGAUGAGAUGAAAUUGGAUAUUGAGGAACUCAAUAGUUUACUUGAGCAGGCUAAGAGACAACGAAUCAAGGAUAUAUUAAUGUUGGAGAUCAGGAAAUUACAAACAGAAAUGGCAAAAUUAUUAGAACAAAAUGAUAUACCCAUCAAACCGACCAGUCCUUCAAAUUCUACCCAAAAAUGUUAUGAGGUGAAAUUGAAUAGCUAUGGCUGGGAUCAGACGAGCACAACGACGAAAAUUUAUGUAACAUUGAUGAAUGUUCACCAGUUGCCCAAAGAAGCCAUUGUCUGUAACUUUACAGAAAGGUCUCUGGAUAUAUGGGUAUUCGGGUUGGAAAAUAAAAAUUAUCAUUUGCCGAUUAACAAUCUAUGUGCAGAGAUUGAUGUCGACAAAAGUAAUUUUAAGGUAAAAACCAACAUGAUUGUUAUUUCGCUCGUAAAACGGGUUGCCAAGGAUUGGUCACAUGUCACAUUGGUGGAGAAGAGAAUCAAGGAUGCGAAAUCGCCAUCUAUGCCUGAGAUGGGUGAAGACAGCGAUCCUGGUGCUAGCCUGAUGAAUCUUAUGAAGAAAAUGUAUCAGGAUGGCGAUGACGAAAUGAAGAAAACGAUAGCAAAAGUGUGGACUGAAAGUCAAGAAAAGCAAAGAAAUGGCGGAACUUUGGACUUGUAAUUUUGGCAUCUCUCUAGAUUUAAUCUAAAUACAUUUUGCGUGUUUCUGUUUUGAUACAUUAAGUACAAUAUAAAUAACAGAGUAACACUUAAAAAUCAAGGACAUAGAAAAGUAUAUAUAUUUAUUUCUUUUUUUAUUAAGAAAGUUAAAUAACAUAACUACAAGUUUGCUUAAAUAGAUAAUAAAAA